GCGAACAGUUCUUCCGUAAAUCACGUGAUUUCCCCUGUUAAAAGUUCUAAAAUCAAAAAUAACGCGGUAGAGGGCUUAAUUAGACAUAAAAACAUGGGUAACCAAAGUAGCAAGGAUACAUCCAAAGAGGAUGGCCCAAAUUACAAUUACGAUGGCGACGAUGAUUUUAAAGGAAAUUAUUCAGAGGCGGCUAGCGCGGGGAACGGGAAGUCGAGUUGGUCCGACAAAUUAUCGCUGGUGGCCUCGGGCAAGGCGAGACGGGAAAAGAAAUUGAAGGAAUGGAUGGAACACGCCAGAGCGGACUUUGAGAUCAAAUGGGAAGCCUAUUCCCAGGGCGGACCUGGCAGUCAAAGGCGAUUGUCUUACAUGAAGUACAGCAGUAACGUUACAGCGCUGGUGGAUGAGCAUUACAAUAAAGUGGAAUCAGGAGGGGGUUCAAAAGGGUUACAUGUUUCCGUGGUGAAAUUGGCAGAUUUCGACCUGAUCCGUACCCUGGGAGAAGGCUCAUUUGGUAGGGUAGUUUUAGGUAGGUAUCGGGAUCCCAACAGGUACCUCGCCAUAAAGAUCCAAAACAAGGUGAAGAUAGCGAGGAUGAAGCAAGCCAAAAGUGUCCUGAACGAGAAGAAGGUUCUUCAUUGCAUGGGAGAUUUCCCUUUCGUGGUCAAACUGUUUUACAGUUUCAAGGAUAAUUCGUACCUCUACCUGGUGAUGGAAUACGUGGCGGGCGGGGAACUUUUCACGCACCUCAGGAGGAGCGGUCAUUUCAAAGAAGAAAUGGCGGCCUUUUACGGGGCGCAGGUUAUCUUAGCACUAGAAUACUUGCACAGCGUCGAUAUAAUCUAUCGCGACAUAAAACCGGAAAACAUCUUACUGGAUCCCACUAACGGUUACUUAAAGCUCACUGAUUUUGGAUUCGUUACUAGAAUAGGCGUCGGUCGGCGCAUGCGCACGUACACUUUUUGCGGAACGCCGGACUACAUGGCCCCCGAGAUAGUGAGCAACAAAGGUUACGGCAAAGGGGCGGACUGGUGGGCAUUAGGGGUGUUAAUAUAUGAAAUGUGUGCUGGGUACGCUCCGUUCACGGGCCCGGCCCGACCGGCAAAUAAUGUCGAGCCCCAGACGGAUUUAUUCAAGGCCAUCACGAGUGGGCAAUAUUCUCCAUUUCCGUCCCACUUUUCGACGCAUCUAAAGGACCUGCUCACGAAUUUACUAAGGCUGGAGGUGGUGAGGCGUUACGGUUCGCUGAGCCGAGGAGUUGGGGAUAUAAUGUGUCACGGGUGGUUUGAGGGUACCGGCAAGCCUGGCCCAGCCCUUAAACGCAGCUGGAACGCCAUUUGGAGUAGGAGGGCCAAAGCCGAUUUCAUACCCAAGUCAAAAGGGGCGGGUGACACGUCACAAUUUGACCCGUCACUGCGAGAAAUCCCCCUAGAGAUAUCGGACAGGAAUGAGUGCAGUGACCUUUUUGCCGAGUUUUGAAGGAAAAAAAGGAGAAUAUAAUCACCAACCAAAUGUAAAAGAGAGGAAAGUCACAUGGUAGA